GCGCAGGUUGCUGGCGCCGGGAAGAGUUAGAAGGGAUUCCCCCCCAGCACCCCCCUUUCCUUUUUUUCCUCCUCCUCGUUGCACAUCUGAGGGCGGCAGCGGGGCUGGCUCCCCCCUCCCGGAGGUCGCCUUUGUUUUCCCCGUGUCGCUUCUCCCGAGCAACCGAGGGAGCGGGAGGGGGCCGGGGCCGGGCCGGACUGGGCUGGGCUGGGCUGGACCGGCCGCCCCUUCUCCUCCUCGCUCGCCGGAGCUCGCCGAGUUGGUGCCGUUCCCCCGGGCGGCACUUUCCCCCCGCCCCGGGGCUGAGCAGCCGCCGCCCCCCGGGACCCCCAUGGCACCGCCGCGAUGUUCGUGUCCCGGCUCCUGGAUUUCCAGAAGACGCGCUACGCCAGGUUCAUGAAUCACCGUGUCCCGUCCAACUGCAGGUACCAGCCCACGGAGUACGAGCACGCGGCCAACUGUGCCACCCACGCUUUCUGGAUCCUGCCCAGCAUCCUCGGCAGCUCCAUCCUCUACAUCCUCUCUGAUGACCAGUGGGAAACCAUCUCAGCCUGGAUCUAUGGCUUUGGCUUGUCCAGCCUCUUCAUUGUCUCCACCAUCUUCCACACCAUCUCCUGGAAGAAGAGGCAUCUCAGGACUGUGGAGCACUGCCUGCACAUGUUUGACAGGAUGGUGAUCUACUUCUUCAUCGCCGCGUCCUACGCUCCGUGGUUGAACCUGAGGGAGUUGGGUCCCUGGGCCUCCCACAUGCGCUGGAUCAUCUGGAUCAUGGCGUCUAUCGGGACCGUCUACGUUUUCUUCUUCCAUGAGCGGUACAAGCUGGUGGAGCUGGUGUGCUACGUUAUCAUGGGCUUCUUCCCUGCCUUGGUCAUCCUCUCCAUGCCCAACAGGGACGGUCUCCCGGAGCUGGUGGCCGGUGGGUUCUUCUACUGCCUGGGCAUGGUGUUCUUCAAAAGCGAUGGCCGUGUCCCCUUCGCCCACGCCAUCUGGCACCUCUUCGUGGCCAUCGGAGCUGGCAUCCACUACUAUGCCAUCUGGAGGUACCUCUACCGGCCUGGAGCGCUGGACACCAAAACGUCCCGGUAGAAGCCUUAAAGACAUUGUUUGUGCCACCUGGCACAUGGGGACACAGAGGGCAGCGGGGACACGGCCUGCACCGUGGGCUCGUCCCAAACCACCCCCUGGCCCCAUGGACAGCAGCCCUUGGUGCCCUUCCUGUGCAGACAGGAGAGCCUGGAGGUUGAUUUUAUAUAUUUUUCUUUUUUAACCUUGGAAACUGGUUUUUUUAGGCAAAGGUUUCGGAACACAGUGACUGAUUGGGCUGUGGGUGAUAGGGGAGUGACCAUAGGGAUCUUUGCUCACUCACCUGGUUUUGAGCAUCUCACGGGACUGGGAACCUUGGCCCCACAUGCCCCUGGCUAUGACACCCUGGGAUUGGCUACUGGAGUCCCUAGUGUGUGCCACUGAGGGGACUGGAGGAGUCAGGAUGAGGGGAGAGGCCCAGUGGUGGAGAGGGAUGUGGUGACACCCUUGCACCAUCUGGACUCAGCUCCUAAAUGGUCCUAAGUCAUGUCAGCAUUAACUGCUCCAUUCCAAGUCCUUGAGGGGAUGGUCCACACUCAACAAGCCUUACAAGAGAUCGAAACUUGAAUCUCUUCCAGGGCAUCCCAGUGCCCGAGCACUGGGAAACCCUUUAUCUAAGCCAAUAUUAAGUGCACAAAUCAGUACAUCCCCCCUAGAUGGGCACUGGGAUCCCCUACGGACAUCUUCUCUCUGGAGUGCUUGGUUUUCCUCUCCAGCCUCAAUGCCAGUGGCAGCCUGAAGCACAGCCCUGCUCCCAGGCUCUGCUGCACGUGUGCCUUCAGCAGGGAGCAGAGCUGGGAUCCAGCUCCUGGCAUCUCCCUGACUGGGGUCAGCCCAUCCACUUCAGGGGAUCCCUUUCUCCUUGAGGGAGGGAAGUGAACCUCCUUGGACUGGGGUCACGGGGCUACCUGCCUUCUCUGCUCCCAUUUUCCUGAUGAGCCUAUUGCUCAUCAGAUUUAAUUCCACUUUUGGAAAGAUUUCUGUCAUUCCAGUGAUUGCUGCAGGGCAGGAAUGCAUCCACACGAAGCUUGGAUGUGGGCUGUGAUGGAGAGAUCCCAGUGAGACUCAGUUUUUAAAUGCCUGACCAUGGCCGCACAGUGCUAACCCAGGAUAAUAAGACAUGGAACAUCCAUCCAGCUGUUGGGAGAAGCAGAACGGGAAAACCACACCUGGUCCAGCUCCCCAAACACCCUGGCAGAGCUGCUGGAGCCAGGAGGGUGUGGUGUGUGCUGGGCUCUGCCUGCACCUUCCCCAUCAGCCCCCAAAGGCAUCGAUUGCCCAUCACCUCUUUUUGGCCUUUGAUUAAUCACAGCUGCAGCCUCUGGCACGACGUGGCAAGUGAAGGAGGUUUAUGGCCACCAUCCCACACCUCCCGUUCCUCCAGCAGCAUUCCAGGGAGCCGAGUCCCCAGCUCUGCUCCACCUCCCGCAGAGCUUAGGGCUCCCCAGCCUGUGGCACCCUGGGACUGGCUCUCCAGGGCCAUUUUGCAGCAAAUUACCAAAGAGGAAGCAUCUGGAUACUCACCCCCUCCUGACGUGGUGGCUGUGGUCACCAGGCUGGCAAAAAUAUCCGGUGGGUUUUCACUUCCAUAGGCAGAGGGUUCCUGUAAAAGGCUCUGGGAGCUGUACCUGGCACCCCAGCCUGGCGUGGGGCUGCUGGGGAUCCGUGCCAAGGGCACCCCAAAGCAGCCUUUGGGCUGGGACUGCCCUUGUGGUGAUGGGUGGUCUUAGGGAUGGGAAUGAACAAGCUGGUGUGAGCCCAGACCAUGCUGCUGCCUCUGCCCAGCUCCGGCCCUGUCACCUGCUGCAGAUGGAGGGGUGGAGAAGGAUGGGCUGUGAGUAACCAGCAGUUGAUGGAGCAUAUCUGGGGUGGGAAUAGCAGGAUACAGAGGUCCUGGAAUGGGAGAUGCCAUAUUUUCUGUCUGGCAAGUCAUUACCCUUCUCCGUGCCUCAGUUUCCCUGUCUGUAAGAUGGGGUGAAAACAAUGACCUACCUCACAGGGCUCAUGUGAGGACCCUGUGAAGCACUUGGAGGGCAGCCAGUGCUUCACAAACACCUGCUUCAAUUUUCACUGAGUCUGGGGGACCGAGUUUCCAGGGCCACUGUGGGGCACAGUGGCAACCUUGGCUCAGUGUGCCUGGCUCUCCUUCCCCUCUGUCACUAAAUCCCAUGGGGAACCACCCUGGGGUCAGACCGUGCAAACAGCAGUCCCAGCCACAGGCAGAUGUCCCCUGGCAGGGGCUGAGGAUGCCCAGGGACCACCACUGUGUUUUGUCCAUAGGCUUCAUCCCAGGGGAUUUAUCUCGGAAGCUGUUUUGCCAUUGUGGUCUUUUGGCCCUAAAUCUGUCCCAAGGGCUCCUGAGGCACAGGGAGGUGCCAGAAGGACCUUUCUGAGGCUGUUUCAUCUCAGUCUCCUGCUGAGAAUCCAGGGCGGUACAGAUGCCCGGGCAGGAAUGGAUGGCUGGGCUCUGUUGGGAACAUCGCCACCCUGCCUUCAGCCCGGAUUUGCUGAAUGGGCUUCUCUGUAAUUGAGAGGCUCCCCCUCUUCUUUUGCUCCUAAAUCCUCCCCUUGCAAAGCAGGAUGGGGGACACAGAGCAAGUUAUCGGAUUGUCCUCCUAUUUUAUACUAAUUUUAAAUGACUCAUAACAUUCAGGAUGUUUGUGGAGGAGGGCUCGAGGGAUCUUUUUAGCAUCUCAUGUUUUUCACCAUCCAUCCUUGUUCAAUCAGUAUUUUAUAUUUAACACAGUAUUGGGUCAAAUACAAACAAAUGUAAGGAAGAUAAUGCUAGUGGAUAUUGUUUCCUGUGGAGUAGGAUCGAAAUAAAAACUCAAGAUACCUCA